AUGUUUCGUAUUGCCUCAUUUGUUGGAAGUUCAAUAAUUCGUAAUAAUGGUAUUCGUUAUUUGAAUACAAUUGGUAAACCAGAAAUGAUAAAAAUUGACUUGGUUGGCACGAAUAAUAAUGUUGCACUUAUUACUCUUAAUAGACCAAAGGCAUUGAAUGCUUUGUGCGCUCAAUUGAUGACUGAAUUAACUCAAAAUAUGUUGGCAUUAGACAAGGACGAUUCUGUCAAUGUCUUUAUUAUUACAGGAUCGGAGAAAGCAUUUGCUGCUGGUGCAGAUAUAAAAGAAAUGAUAGAACAACCAUUUGCAAAAGUAUAUGGUGGCAGCUUUCUCGGAUUUUGGUCUGAUGUUACGAAAUUAAAAAAACCAGUUAUCGCCGCUGUUAAUGGGUAUGCACUUGGUGGUGGAUGUGAAUUAGCAAUGAUGUGUGAUAUUAUUUAUGCUGGGGAAAAGGCUAAAUUUGGACAACCUGAAAUUAACAUUGGCACCAUUCCUGGAGCUGGUGGGACACAAAGAUUAACACGUGCAGUUGGGAAAUCUCUUUCAAUGGAAAUGAAUUUAACUGGUAAUAUGAUAACAGCAAAAGAGGCAAAGGAGGCAGGUCUUGUUUCUAAAAUUUUUCCAACAGACAUAGUAGUUGAUGAAGCUAUCAAAUUAGCUGAUAAAAUAGCAGAACAAUCUCCUUUAAUUGUUUCCAUGGCAAAGGAAGCAGUUAAUAAAGCAUUUGAAUCAACACUUGCUGAAGGUUUAAAUUUUGAAAGAAGAGUUUUUCAUACAACCUUUGCUACUAAAGAUCGAAAAGAAGGAAUGAAAGCAUUUGCUGAGAAACGUAAACCUCAAUGGAAUAAUGAAUAG